AGAACAAGCCAUUUUAGUUCCCGUGUCCCAUUCACGAACCAAUGGUGGACCCUGGAAUCUCUUUCUCUCCCUCCAUACAUGGCUGUGCAUAUUUAUUUAUAUAUAAGCACUUGGGGUGGGAAAUAUAAAGGUGGUUGUGGGGCUUUGAGUCUUUACAAGUAAUAAUAUUGGCGAGGUUUAAUUUGUUUUAGUGGUGUAAACUUAGCUAUAGUCAGCGAGCUAGCUAGUACUGUGUGCAGUAUGGGAAGGCAACCUUGCUGUGACAAACUUGGGGUCAAGAAAGGUCCAUGGACAGCCGAGGAGGAUAAAAAACUCAUCAAUUUCAUCCUCACCAAUGGCCAGUGCUGUUGGAGAGCUGUCCCUAAGCUUGCAGGACUCCGACGAUGCGGCAAGAGUUGCCGGCUUCGUUGGACUAAUUAUCUUCGCCCUGACUUGAAGAGAGGGCUUCUUACUGAAGCAGAAGAACAGCUGGUUAUCGAUCUUCAUGCUCGUCUUGGCAAUAGGUGGUCCAAGAUUGCAGCUAGAUUGCCUGGAAGGACAGACAAUGAGAUUAAGAAUCACUGGAACACUCAUAUCAAGAAAAAGCUACUCAAGAGGGGAAUCGAUCCUGUUACACAUGAACCCUUGCACAAAGAAGCCAGGCCUGAAGAAAGUUCAUCGUCUCAUGCUGAUAUUUUGCCGGAAUCUAGUAACAACAAUGUUAUGCAAGAAAAUGAUGGCAUCGUUAUUAAUUCGGACGAUAAUCCAAGAUCACCUACUGAAAAUUCUUCUAGUCCAGAGGAUUCGAUCUUGUUAGAUAGUAUUUGCAAUGAUGAAAUGUUACUGAACAGCUUGUGGAUGGAAGAGCCUCCGCUAGUUGAUGCAUCAUGGAACAAUAUAAUUCCUCCGGCUGCGGCGAAUACUAACGACGACACGGGUUAUCCUUCAUGGGAGGAAAAUUACACAUGGUUAUCGGACUGUCAAGAUUUUGGCGUUCACGACUUCGGGCUCGAAUGUUUCGACAGCAUGGAAUUGAGCGCACUUAGCACAUUAGAGAUGGAACACAAGCACUAGAUUAUACGUGUGUACGCUAGAGCGAUGAUGAGAAGAUUUUACAGUGUCAAAUAUGAACAUGUUACAAAGUAUCAUGUGUAGCUGAAGUUAGGUUUCUCAGGGUUGAAUUUUAUCUGUAGUAUGUUUCAUCAGAUGAUAAUUAUUACUGGGUAGGGUCGAAGUAAACCGGUCGUCUUCAGAGGUUUCUCACCAACCCAGUCAAACAGUGAUAUCAAACCAAAAUCAUUAAAAAUGUGACGUUUAUUUGUGCUUGACAGAUGUUGUGAUCUCAGAUGUAAGAGAUAGGGACAGGCUCUGCCAUAUAUUGUCAAAAUGCUAGUGGGGUUUUUUUUUACAGCAUUAUAAUUAUUUGUAAAUAAUGUACAUACGAUGGAAAUAAAGUGGAUGAUCAUGUUAUUGAGUUUU